AACCCUGGUCAAAAUUGAUGUCAUUUUAGAAAGCUAGUAAACACUUCGUUUAACUAGAUAUGGGCAAGAAAUUAGCAAACUUUUCGAUUGUCAAGCUCUCCCUGCGAUCCCACCACCGCUCAACUGCGUUAGCGUGCACCAUCGUUUUCGGUUCAGAUAAUCAUUUUUGUAAAACAUGAAAGAUUUUCGCAUCUUUCCUACCUAUUAAUUGGGCAAGAAAGUUUCCAGCUUUUUGAAAAAGCGUUGAUUUUGAUGUAUUUAUAUUAUUUAUUUAUUAUUGACAAAAAUACGGUGUGCAUCCAGGGCUAGGUGCACUGCUUUUAUAGACAAACUUGUUGUUACAAUACCAAUCAUACUAUAAAUAUUUUAAGUAUAAAGUUCUGCUAAAAAUUAUGUAACGAUUAAAUGUUGACAAAAGCGUACAAUAAUUUCAAGCAUAUAUAUUUAAACAUAAUUAAUAACUAAUGCUGUAAACUUUUCAUUAAUAAUUCAGAUUUCAAAUAUCAUUUUUGUAGCACUAUUUUUCCAAGUAAUAUAAAAGUAUUAACUGUAAUUAUAAUUUGUUUAACGUUUUAAAUUAUUGUUGGCCCUGAAAAGGGCCGAUUGUUUAGAAUUGUCAAAUGGUCAUAUCGCAUCCAAUUUACUUGGAGCUGGUAUACUUGGUGACGGCCUUGGUGCCCUCACUGACGGCGUGCUUGGCCAGUUCACCGGGGAGCAGGAGCCUGACGGCCGUCUGGAUCUCCCGGGAGGUGAUGGUCGACCUCUUGUUGUAGUGGGCCAGCCGGGAGGCCUCGGCGGCGAUGCGCUCGAAGAUGUCGUUGACGAAGCUGUUCAUGAUGCUCAUGGCCUUGCUCGACACGCCGGUGUCGGGGUGGACCUGCUUCAGCACCUUGUAGAUGUAGAUUGCGUAGCUCUCCUUCCUGCGCUUCUUGUGCUUCUUCUUGUCGCCCUUGGUGAUGUUCUUCACGGCCUUGCCGGCCUUCUUCACCGCCUUUCCGCUAGCCUUCGGUGCCAUUGCGAGAGAAUUGUAUUUCGACUGUAUUCGGGAUACGUUCGAGAAACGAGUGAUGCUCCGCCGAGUCGGCGAGCGCCUUAUAAAGCAGGCCGCGCAGCUGCGCCGAACGAAGCUCUUCGCUCGGGCCCCCCCCCCCUCGCGCCUGCAUUUCGGAGCAGCUGCAGGACGUUUCGGAGCAGUCCCCCCGAAGGCUAUUUAAGGGCUGCGCGCCGAGAACGGAGCGUCAUUUGGUUUCGCUUGUGAACCAAGUUCUUUACUACACUACUCUCAAUCAUCAUGUCUGGACGCGGCAAAGGCGGUGGCAAGGUCAAGGGCAAGUCAAAGACCCGCUCCAACAGGGCCGGACUCCAGUUCCCCGUGGGCCGCAUCCACCGACUGCUGAGGAAGGGCAACUACGCCGAGCGCGUGGGAGCCGGUGCGCCGGUCUACCUGGCCGCCGUGAUGGAGUACUUGGCCGCUGAGGUGCUCGAGUUGGCCGGCAACGCCGCCCGCGACAACAAGAAGACGAGGAUCAUCCCCCGUCACCUCCAGCUGGCCAUCCGCAACGACGAGGAGCUGAACAAGCUCCUCUCCGGAGUCACGAUCGCCCAGGGUGGUGUGCUGCCCAACAUCCAGGCGGUUCUUUUGCCCAAGAAGACUGAGAAGAGCUCAUAAGUUCUUUCUUUUUUUGCUCGAACCUUACAAACAAUCGGCCCUUUUCAGGGCCACCAAUAUUUUUCUAACGUAAAACACAACAUUUUGUUAAAACAAUAAUUUUUAUGAAUAUAUUUUAUUACAUUAAGGUAAUUACGUACAUGAUAUACGCUAUUCAUGUGAAAUAUCUUAGUUUUCUUGGAAACGGAAAUAUUUUAAUAAUUCUUAAAAACAAUUUUUGACAUGACGCGACUAUCCACCAGUUUAUGACGCGAGCCAUUUUUUGUAUCAAUCAACCUUUCUGCGCUCUACUCAAAAUUAGAAACUACAUUUUUCUUUGUCUGCGGCACGUACGCAUUUAAAAAAAGUUUUGAUUUUUACAUUGGAUAUUUUUUAUAUCUUUAACAAAGUAU